GUGCAAUUAUCAGACAGUGACACUGGGAAGCAGUGGUCGCCACAUGCAUGAGCUGAACUGAGACGCAAGGAGCCUAGCAACAUCCGAGAAAUCCUAUGACCUUCGAUGUAGAAACACAGGUUCCGGCAUGCGCCAAGACACGCACAGAUGUCUAGAUACUGAUCUAUUCUACACCGCCACGGAAAUACCUAAAGCUCAACAAGUCAGACGACUACAGCCAGGGGGUUGGAAGAAAGCCCGUACAUGAGUGCCCUCAAGGGGUUUGUGCUAUGGAACCAAACCAGAAGAUCCAGGAUGGUGUCAGGCCGUGCCUGGGACUCUCCACUCGCCAGGCUCUGACGCGGUUGCAGGAACAACUGUCAUCUGCACUGAACUCCCACCAGCGGAACAGGGCAGUUUUAUGGAAGGACUGGAGAGGAAGCUUCCUCCAUCAUGGUAACCGCAGCUCCUGCUUCCAUUGGCCCGGGGCUGCGCUGAUGUUGAUUGCAACACUGCUACUUCUGUGUUGUUAUGGCAGCCAGCCAGAUGGAAGUCAGGGCUCAGAGGUGGGCAAUGCCUGCGCCCUGUUGCUGCUGCUUCUGCUUGACUUGUUCUUGACGAGGCGACAGGAGCUGCUCAAGGAAAGAGAGGUGGAAGGGAGACUGCAAAGAAUCAUUACACAGAUUAAUGAUUCUCUGAAUAGCGAGCAGGAGCUAGUAUGGGGUGAUAACCUGUACCCUGACUUGUACAUGCCCACAGCGCCAUCAUGGUCCCUUCACUGGGUUUAUAGAGAUGGGCGAAUAGUGAACCUUCCAGUAAGUCUGCUGGUAGAUGGGGAUGUCAUUGCUUUGAGGCCAGGACAGGAAUCCUUUGCAUCUCUCCGAGGCAUGAAGGAUGAUGAACACAUAGUUUUGGAACCAGGAGACCUCUUUCCUCCCUUCUCUCCACCGCCAUCCCCUCGUGCUGAUGGCAAGAGAAUGCCACAAGAACCUCAGCAACAUCAUCUGUUUCGUGUCCUAAAAACCCCUGUGAUGGACAAUGUGAGGAGCUGGCUGGACCAGGCCCUCUCUCGUCGAGUGACAGCGCUAGAUAAUGAGAGAUUCACUGUCCAGUCAGUGAUACUGAUACAGGCUGUCCCUGUUAUUAUUGCUGCCUUUAUCAUCACCAACGCCCUGCGUCUCAUCUUCCAUGCGCCCGGAACGCCUCCGGCCCCCUACGCUUUGCUGCAACUCCAGGUGAAUGCAGUGCUGCCAGUGCUUCCUCUUCUUUUCCCUGUCAUGUGGAUCCUGGUGACUGCUCUGUGUGAAGCACGUGUGCUGGCCCAAAUGAACAAGAUCUGUCCCACUUCCCUGGUGGCUAAGUUUUCUGAGGAUACUCUUAGCAGUUAUACAGAAGUUGUAUCUACCCAGCAGGAAAUAUUGGGCUGUGUGUGCUCUCAAUUCCUGCGUGUCGUUACGGGAAAAUGUGAGACUCUGGCAUAUACUUCUAGCUUGUUGCAUGGCCUGGGAUCUGUCACAGUCAUUUGCUGUGUGGAUAAGCAAGGUGUUCUCUCCUGGCCCAACCCCAGCCCAGAGACAGUCCUGUUUUUUAGUGGUAGGGUAGACCAGGCCACAGACCGGCAUGAUGAUGUUACCGACCAAUUAUCUCUACGGUCCUACUGUCAGACUGAGAUGGAUGAUGAGCCACAGGAGAUGGUAGCUCUGUUGGCCGACACUGAUGUAGUACAACUGGUGAAUGAACAAGAGAGUGUUGAACGUACAAAUGACCCUUCUAAGCCUACUGAUACACAGAGAAAGCCUCAUACCCGGAACAAACAUGCCUCAGGGUCUAAUGUCAGCUUCAGCCAAGACACUGGAGGACAGCUUAGUGAGGUGGAUGAUUACGUGUGUGACUGCCACCUAGAGAUGCUCCGUUUGUCCCAGGACCAACAAAACCCGCAGAGCAUUCAGUUUGAUGAGUCUAAUUGGCCUCUCCAUCUCAGCUCCUUGAAACCUUUGGGUCUUAAUGUGCUGCUCAACCUCUCUAACCCAGGGGUCACCAACACGCUCUGCUGCUUCUCUGACCAUCUGCGACACAUUGCACUUCAUGAAACACACUGCUCAGUGCUUCCAGGACACAUCCCUUUGGGACUCUGGGACUUUUCCAGACUUAUUGGUUUCACUCCUGGAGCGAGGGACCUGUUUAAACUGAAAAAUCAUGUUGCUCUAUAUCACCUUCCAAGUGAAGAGACUGUGAAGGAGACACUGCUCUCCAAGCUUCCAAGUGGGGCCAAACGUAGACCACCCCUCAGUCACAUGAUCAGUCUUUUUGUCAGAGAUGUCACUACCAACACAGAGCAGAUGCUGUCCCAUGGAACAGCUGACAUUAUCCUUGAAGCCUGUACAGAUUUCUGGGACGGAGCUGAUAUUUACCCGCUCUCUGGGUCUGACAGAAAAAAGGUGUUGGAUUUCUACCAGCGAGCCUGCCUGUCUGGUUACUGCUCUGCUUUUUCCUACAAGCCAAUGCACUACUCGCUGUCCCCUCAGCUACAUGGCAAGUGCAUAGAGAUUCUGCACGCUCCUGGCCAGAACAACAUUUUAACUUCAUGUGACCUUGGCGGAAAUAUCCCACUGAAACAUACAGGGCGCCAUGAUAGCUGGAGUUCUGAUGAAGGUAUUGGUGAGGUGACUGAGGAUUUCACACAAGCAAUGAGUGGUCAAAUUUUUAUGGGAAUGGUUUCCUCGCAGUAUCAGGCUCGUUUGGAUAUUGUGCGUCUCAUAGAUGGUUUAGUGAAUGCCUGCAUCCGAUUUGUGUACUUCUCUAUGGAGGAUGAGCUCAGAAGCAAGGUGUUUGCAGAGAAAAUGGGUCUUGAGACUGGAUGGAACUGUCAUAUUUCUCUGACUCCAAAUGGUGAUGGACCAGGCUCUGAGGUUCCCCCAUCCAGCCCUAGCCAUGCUGGUUCUCUACGGGAUGAUUUACAUCAGGCCUCUCGGGAGGACGCAGAGGGUCUGCUUCUUAUGGAGGAAGAGGGUCACUCGGAUAUGAUUAGUUUCCAACCUACAGACAGUGAUGUCCCCAGCUUUCUUGAAGACUCUAACCGAGCAAAGCUGCCCCGUGGUAUACAUCAAGUUAGACCUCAUCUGCAAAAUAUUGAUAAUGUUCCCUUGCUGGUUCCUCUGUUUACUGACUGUACCUCAGAGACCAUGUGUGAGAUGAUCCAGAUCAUGCAAGAGUAUGGGGAGGUGACCUGCUGUAUGGGAAGUUCUGCCAGCAUCCGGAACAGCGACUUGUACUUACAGAGUGAUAUCAGUAUUUCUCUGGAUCCAUUGUUCCCAACUCGCUGUUCCUGGGAAAUGUUUGGUUAUGUGAGCAGUUCUCUAAGGGCGAACGUCUCAGAUGAGCUCUCCCCCUUGCACCUCUCUGCUUCUCUGAACAGCCUACCUUGCUCCUUGUCCUUCAGGCGGGAGGAGAGUGUCAGCAUCAUCCGUCUUAUUGAACAGGCUCGUCAUGCAACAUACGGGAUUAGGAAAUGCUUUCUUUUCUUGCUACAGUGCCAACUGACACUUGUCAUUGUGCAGUUUCUGUCCUGUCUGCUCCAACUACCUCCCUUCCUCAGCACUACAGAUAUUCUGUGGUUGUCCUGCUUCUGUUACCCGUUACUCAGUGUCUGCUUGCUUGGAAAGCCAGCUGACAACUCCAUAAUGGCUGUAGCAACCGGAAAAAACCUCCAAUCUAUACCCAGAAAGACCCAGCACUAUUUCCUGCUGUGUUUCCUGCUCAAGUUCCUCCCUUCCUCCCUGUGCUGCCUGGCCUGCUUCUGGUUCUCUCUGCAGAGAUUUUGUGACAUUUCUUCCCACAGUAACUCCACCAACUGCUCUGGAAUCGCAGUAUACAGUGACUUUCCUGGGGCUCCAGACUGGUUUGGGUCUCUUUCUGGGGCUCUGCUGCUAAGUCAGAAGUUUUGUGCUUGUCUCAUUGUCCUGCAUACAGUUUUUAUCUCUGUCAGUCACGUCCAUCGUUCAAAGCCACUGUGGAAGAGAAACCCUUUCAGUAAUGUGUGGUGGAGUGUUACUCUUCCUGUGCUGGUUCUAGCUCAAGGACUACAAACCGCUUUAGACCUGCAGCUAUGGACAAAUCGUGACGCACCUCUCGCUUUCCACCUUUGGGACAUACCCCUUUUGGCGUGGCUGCUGGGGCCACUCUCCCUCUUUUUUGUCCUUAUUGUCAAUGAAAUUGUCAAGUUGCAUGAGAUCAGGGCUCGAGUCCGUUAUCAAAAGCGACAGAAGCUUCAGUUUGAAACCAAACUCGGCAUGAACUCUCCAUUUUGAUGGCUGUAUUGGUACCUCAGCUUCUGAAGAGGGGGAGGCAGGCAGACAGACCUGGUGUUUAAUCUCAAUGUUCCCUUUUGGAGGGAUGCUGCUGACAUUGCUAUCUAUAUAUCCCCCAGACCAGCUGUCACCACCAGUGCCUCCUUCCCCCACCUCCUGUGCCUCCACAGUCUCCCUGCCUGUUUACAUACAAUUAGCAGUCGGAGAAGCUACACCCUAUCACUUCUGCCAUCAUAGUCUCUUCCCCUCUGCACUAAUCUAUAUGGAGUGGUUUUUGCACCUUAGGAAUACCGCUCCCUAACACAUCAUGGGGCAGAUGUAUUAAGCCUGGAGAAGGCAUAAGGA